AUGCACUUGCGACUCGCCUUCAACUCGGGCAAAACAAGUCUCCAAGACUCACAAGUCACCCUCCCAGCACAAUCCGGCAGCUCACUCGGCACCGGCAACUACUUCGUGACCGUCGGAAUUGGCACCCCAAAGAGAGACUUGUCCCUCAGUUUCGACACCGGCAGCGACCUCACAUGGACUCAGUGCCUGCCAUGUGUAAGUGUAAAAUCCUGCUAUCAACAACAACAACCCAAAUUCGACCCAUCACAGUCCACUUCAUAUUCUAACAUCAGCUGCAACUCAACGCUGUGUUCUCAACUCAACUCCGCCACCGGGAACACACCAGGUUGCUCGGCCUCCACAUGCCUUUAUGCCAUACAGUAUGGCGAUAAAUCUUUCAGCAUUGGGUUCUUUGCACAGGAAAAGCUCACCCUAACAUCCACCGAUGUGUUUAAUACCUUCCUAUUCGGUUGCGGCGAGAACAACCAAGGACUCUUCCGCGGAGUUGCAGGUUUGCUUGGACUCGGCCGUGAUAAGCUAUCCAUUGUGUCACAGACUGCUCAAAAGUACGGAAAAUUCUUCUCCUACUGUCUUCCAUCGAUGCCGAGCUCCACCGGACACUUGACUUUCGGAAACAAUGGAGUUCCGAGCACUGUGAAAUUCACACCGCUGUCUAUAAACACACAAAACCCAUCAUUUUACUUCAUUGACCUUAAAGCAAUAAGUGUGGGUGGACGACAAUUAUCUAUCAGCCCAUCGGUAUUCUCAACCACCGGCACCAUUAUAGAUUCCGGAACAGUCAUAACACGCCUGCCUCCUGCGGCUUACAGCGCCCUGCGGACAGCUUUCCGGCAAGGAAUGACAAAUUAUCCAAUGACAAAGGCAGUAUCGAUACUCGAUACUUGCUAUGACUUGAGUAAUUACACCACGGUGAACAUUCCAAAUAUUGGUUUCUUCUUCGGUGGAAAUCUGAAUGUUGACAUAGACUCGUCGGGGAUACUUAUUGCGGCGACUUCAACGCAGUUCUGUUUGGCCUUCGCUGGAAACAAUGAUACCUCUGAUGUGGGUAUUUUCGGGAAUUUUCAACAGAAAACGUUGGAGGUGGUGUACGAUGUGGCUGGAGGGAGACUAGGGUUUGGCUCAGUUGGGUGUGCAUAA